AUGGUGGGCAGGUCCCUGCUUCUUGCCUUCAGGAUCAGCAGUGAAUUGACGCAGUCCUUGAACGUAAUUACCAUGGAUCUGAGGAAUGACCUGCAGAACCAAGUCAAUGAUGUUAUUUCCCGGCUGAGUUCCAAACAGCUCUUUCAAUCAAACUGGGACAUUGCUGCUUUUGCCGUGUUUUUCAUCUUCAUAGGUAUGGUCCUUCUGCUCGUAAUCCUGGUUCUUGUUCGCUUCUGCUGCUGCUGCUGCUGCGACGCGAUGGAAAAGCCUCACAGACAAAAGGUGGGCAUUGAGAACAUGGCACUGGAGCCCUAGGAAGCCGGGGAGCGUCGGAAAAUCAGCUUCACCAAAGCUUUGAUUCUGCCCAUUCCAAUGAAGGCAAACUAGUCUGUACAUUAGAAUAUAUGCAGCACUAUGCACACGUCUCAGGAAGUCAGAGAAAAUGUCUGAAUGAUCUUCAUAUUGGUGUAAAACUAUGAUAUUAUGUUUGUCGGAGUGUGUCAGCUUGACCAUUUCAGCCCCCUCCUGAAUUCACCCCAGUAUUUGCAGCAAACGUGCAGUACAGUCAUUUAUUUUUUGACUCGACCACUGCACAUCUUUAGCUAAUCGAUACCACACACAAUUAAUUAAAUUAAUCGAGCUGGUGGUGAAAUUUAACAAAUCCAGUGCUGAGGCCGAGUAGAGGUUUGGGAACCAAAGCGGUGUUCAUCUAGCCAUCCUGCAAGAUAUCGGUAACUUUUUGGAGAACAGAAGAAAUUGUCUUUUUUUAUUAUGUUACUGUUCAUUUCCAUAUGUUCUAAGGUUGUUGUUUUUUUCCAGAGUAAAUAUACACUAAAAACGUAGACAAAUAACCUUAAAACGUUUCUUUGACUGCCUGAGCCUUCUUCAUGGUACUGUAGAAGUGCUAAAAAGGAACCAUAAUACUCAAAUCAGUUUGUUCUAAUUUAAGUAGCAUUGUAAAUAUGGAGAAGAUUCUACAUCUAAUCUCGUGUGUCUUUAACGUUAGUGGAACCUCUUUUUACCAGGAAUAUCAAACAUUUGGGCGCUGACAUUUAGGAAUCAGAUAUAUGCGGUAUUGAAGGUCUUACAGUGCUUGUAAACGUCAGUGGAGGGUAAUCGGGCAAGGCUGUCCUGCAAUGAUAUGAAGGAUAGGGUGUCAGAUCCGGUAAGCUCCACUGAAACGCUGGCACUGGAAUUUAAGGACGAUUCAUCAGUCUGUGUAAUCAGUCAUCAGGCCAUAAAUGUGUAUUUAAUGUCUGUAAAUUUGUUUCUUUGUACUUAUUUGAGCAUCUUUGUAUUUAAACAAAAUAGCACAA